UCCACGCUGGUGAACAGUGCCUUGGCCACAUUUUGCAUUUGAUAAAUUGUAUUAUCGUAAAGAAAUAGAAUGGCUGGCCAUCCCAUUCUUGCGGGUGAUCUUGUUAAGGAGCCGAUACAUUUGAUGGAUACGAACAAAAGAGUGAUUCUUGGGCCUGGCUUGCGACUGCAACAGGAAGUCGUACGGGCAAGCAAGUGCGGCCAACUGAAAAUGAAGGCUCCCAACACUUUUUGGGUGGACGCUUACCAGAAACGGUACACGCCGAGUCGAGGAGAGCUGGUAAUUGGUGUUGUGACCGCAAAAGCAGGGGACAUUUUUCGUGUGGAUAUCGGCAGCAGCGAAACUGCGUCCCUGUCGUAUGUCGCCUUCGAAGGAGCCACGAAGAAAAAUCGCCCGGAUGUUAAUGUAGGCGAUAUUGUGUAUGCUCGACUGUUAAUUGCUCACCCAGACGUGGAACCGGAGCUGGUUUGUGUUGAUUCUCACGGCAAAAAGGGCAAACUAGGAAUUCUUCAUGAUGGGUUUUUGCUGAACUGUAGUCUCAAUCUGAUACGGAAGAUUCUGAACCCAAAAUGCACGUUUCUGAGUUUACUCGCAAAAGAGCUUGCAUUUGAGAUGGCUGUCGGAAUCAACGGGCGAAUUUGGAUACGAGGAAAGGGCGUAAGGGAAACUAUCGCUGUUGGGAACGCUGUUUUAGCACUAGAAUACGUCUCAAAUGAUAGGAUCCGUGAACUUUGUGAUGACAUCGUAGCAUAUGUGCAAGGCUUUGCAAAAUAA